AUGACUAGUUCAAAUUAUUUUAAAUGUGAAAAUAAUAUUUGUAAUGAAUCAGAUAGCGCAUCAAAAUAUAACUAUGGCGAUGACGUUAUCGAACUUGUGAAUUUAAACAGCAAUGGCUGUAAAUCAUCUAAUGUAAAAGAAAUAAAUAGUCUUAAAAAAUGCUCGAGAAACGAAGCUAAUCACAAUACAUUUAAAGAAUCGAGUAGUGACAUUGAAAUAAUUGGUGAUACACGAAUUUACAAUAAUGAUAAGAUAGACGAAAUAGAGUUAUUAAAUAAGGAUGGAGAAUUAAUUAGAGGUAAAGGUGUUUAUUUUGAAUAUUAUUUAGGUUGUAUAGAAACAGAUUCGAUUAUAUUAUCUAGCGAAAUAUGCGACGUUAAAGAUGAUAAAGAUAUAAGUAUAAGUUAUGAAAUAACACCCAAAUCUACUAAGAGAUCAUAUUCUCCUAUGUAUAAUUUAAAAAUAAAUAAUAAUUAUAUUAGUUCAAAUGAUUAUAUAAAAAUAAUAGGUAGAAAUAUACCAAAUAAAACGCAAAAAGGUAAAAAAAAAGCACCUCAAAAAAAACAAAAAAAAGAAAGUAAUGACGAUUGUUCUAUUGUAUGCUAUGAUAUGGUAUCUCAGGAAAAUAAUAAGUUUAAUCAUACAUUAUCAUCAGAUAAAAAAUAUGUAGAAAUGGAUAAAUAUAAAUGUGAAGUUUUAAAAGAUAUUAAUGAAGGAUAUCCAUGUAUAAGACUUAAACAUAAUAAUAGAGAUGUAUCAAAAUUAAAAAGUCAUUUAUCAAAAACUUUAAGUGUACUUUUGGUAUUAAAUGCUAUAAGAAUAGAAAUAAAAUUAGAAAAAAUAUCAUUAUCUGAUUUUAAAUUUGGUGGAAGUUUAAAGACAUUUGUGCAUGUUAUUUUAUAUCCUGAUUCAUUUAAAAUAGAUGUACAUAAAUAUCAUGAAUAUAAUUCUUUAAUCAAGCAAAGUGUAAAUAAUUUAUUUAAAGAAUUAAAUAUUACACCAUUAAGAUUGGCAAAAAAUGUAAGCGCCGAUUCUUUUGAUGAUUUGAAUACUAUAAUAGUUACCGGAAAAACCUUUUCGAAAAAUAAUGGUACUUUCUCCAACAAAUAUCAAAGUUCAUCAUUAACUAUCAACACUAACAAUGCCACUUCUUUAGAUAUUGCAUUGAAAGGGGGAACACAAGGUUCGUCUACCACCUCUCAAGCAAAGGACGACGAAGAAAUUUUGGAUACAACAAGCGAAAACGAAAUAGAAGAAAAAAACGAAGAUACAACGAAUCUUGUUUUUGUCGAAGAAAAAUAUAGAGGUGGUUAUUUACUCGAGGAGUUUAAAGAAAUUUAUCCAAAUAGUGUAUAUUUUAAGCCCACGUUAAAAACAUACCAAGCAGAAGGAAUAUGGUGGAUGUACCUAAAGGAAAAUCCACCUGAAUAUCUGAAGGAAAAUAUCUCCAAAGGGGAAAAGACAAAGGAAAUUGACUUGGACCAAAUUAUUAGAAGUAAUAUUGUAGAUAGUGACGUAUCUGUAGAUAAAGAAGUGCAUUCAGAUAGCGAUAUACGUGCAUAUAGCGACGUAUAUAUAGAUAAAGAAAUAUAUACAAAUAAAGAUGUAUAUGUAGAUAAAGAAGUAUAUACAACUGAAGAGGCAUAUGUAGGCAAAGAGGUAUAUAUAGAUAAAGAGGUAUAUGUAAAUAAAGACAUACAUGACUGUGAAAUUUAUUUAUUGGAUAUGAAAACAGAGAAUGAGCCUUCUAACCCGGAUAUAAAAAUAAAAGAUGAAAGUGACAAAGAAAAUGGCCACAUGAACGAAAUAAGUAAUAAGAAGAAACUAAUAAAGACCGAAGAUUAUAACAAUGAUGAUGAUAAUGAUAUUCGAAACAAAGAGCCAUUAAAUCCUAUGUGGGAAGAACAUGCAUUUAUACCUAAUAUAAAAAUAUAUGAAGAAGGAAAAUUAAUAUUUGUAUUAAAAUAUUUUUAUGUAAAUAAAAUAACUGGAUGCUUAUCUUUGACAUAUCCACAAUAUGUUCCUCAAUUCCGAGGUGGAAUUUUAGCGGAUGAAAUGGGUUUAGGUAAAACAAUACAAAGUAUAGGUUUAAUAGCACAUGAUAUUUAUCAAAAUAAAUUACAUAUAAAAAAUAAUAUUGUAGAAAAUAAAAAUAACAUUACAUAUUUGAUUGAAAAUACAAUAAAGGGAUUUAAUUACAACAAAGGUGGGACAUUAAUAAUUGCACCUCUUGCUUUGAUUUAUCAAUGGAAACAAGAAAUAGAUAAACAUACAAAAAAAGGCUUUAUAAGUUCAUAUAUAUAUUAUGGUAAUUCAAAAGAUAUAAAUAGCGAUUUAUUGUCAAAAUAUUCAGUGGUUCUUACUACAUAUUCAACUUUAGUUUCUGAAUAUAAAAAUACGUGGAAUAAGAAUCUUUCUAGCAACUCCACUGCUGAUGGGCAGGGAAAAAACGAAGACAACAUAGAAAGCAAAUUCUCAUAUACAAAAUGGACAAAAGAAAAACGAGAAUCAAAUGAGAAACUAGAAGAUGUUGAUAAAUUCGAGGGAUGGUCAAACAAUGAGCAAGGAAAAGGUGAUAGAAUUAAAAAGAGGAAAUUAAACAGCUUUUUUAUGAAAACAGGAUUAAAUAAUGGGAAAAAUUCAAUGUUACCUUCAAAUGGUGAUAAAAAAACAAAUAAAGUAUUAAAUAAUAUGAAAGAAUAUCCAUUAUAUAAAAUAACAUGGAGAAGAAUAAUAAUUGACGAAGCUCAUGUUAUUAAAAAUAAAAAUUCAAUUCAAUCAAUUGCUGUUUGGAAAUUAAGAGGAGAAAGAAAAUGGUGUUUAACAGGAACACCUAUACAAAAUUCUUUAUACGAUAUAUUUCCCUUAUUGAGAUUUUUAGGAAUAAAACCAUAUGGUAAUAUUGAAUGGUGGAAUAAAGAAAUUGCUGAUUAUGUAAAUAGAAAUAAAUUAAAUAUAGCAUUAGAUAUAGUUCGAAAAAUAUCUUCUCCUAUUUUAUUAAGAAGAACAAAAAAUUCCAAAACAAGAGAUGGAUAUAAUAUUAUUACUUUACCGAAAAAAAAUGUGCAUAUAUUAAAAUUAAAAUUUUCUUUAGAAGAAGAAGAUUUUUAUCGAGCUAUAUUUUAUAGAAGUAAAACAAAAUUUGAUACAUAUAUGCAUGAUGGCAAUGUAUUAAGUCACUACUCUCAUGUUUUACAACUACUUCUAAGGCUACGGCAAUGUUGUUCUCAUCCUUUGUUACUAUUUUCGAAGCCAUUUUUUGAAGAAUGGAAUGAAGAAGAUAUUAUAAAUGAAAUGUAUGGAGAAAAUUCUAAAAUAGCACCAUCUACAAUCGAUUCAACAGCUGGCAAAUCGAGUAUCGAUGUAAAAUCAUCAAGCAUGAAAGUAGAAGAUACACUGAAAAGGGACACAGUAAAAAAUGAAGUAUUGAAAAAGGAUACUCUGAUAUACAACUUUUUGCAAAAAUCGUCAAAUUCGAAAAAUUUGAACAGUGAUUAUAAAGAAGAAAUAGAAAUGCUAAAAAAUGGUACAGCUAUGCAAUGUGUUAUUUGUUUAGAAGAUUCAGUAUAUCCAUUAAUCAGUAAAUGCUUACAUAUAAUGUGUAAAAAGUGUGCAGAUUAUUAUUUUCAUUUAACACAAAUAGCAGAAAAGAAAUGCCCAGGAUGUGAUAAUUAUAUAAGUUUAAAAUCGUUAAAAACUUUACAACAAAAUAAAUCGCCUUUAGAUGAUUUUUUAAAAAAAAUGAAAAAGGAUAAUUUUGUAUAUUCUACUAAAUUAAGAAUAUUAUUUGAUCAUAUAAAAGAAGAUAUAAAAAAUGAACUUCAUAUAGUUGUAUUCUCACAAUGGAUAGGUUUUCUUAAAAUAAUUGAAAAAUUAUUAACACUUCAUGAAAUCCCCAAUAAAAUAUAUGAUGGAUCAUUAACAUAUGAGCAAAGGAAAACCACACUUUAUUGGUUUAACAUUCAAAAAGGCAAAAUAUAUCAACCAGGAAUUGGAUUUUGUCAAUCAACUGGUGAUAUUCCUAUUGAAAAUAAAUCAGGAAAGGUUUUAUUGUGUUCAUUAAAGGCGGGAGGAGUUGGAUUAAAUUUAACAGUUUCAUCAAAAGUAUAUCUUAUGGAUUUGUGGUGGAACCCAGCUAUUGAAGAUCAAGCAUUUGAGAGAAUACAUAGAAUAGGACAGUUGAAGGAUGUAAAUAUAUACAAAUUUGUUUUGGAAAAAACAGUCGAAGAACGAAUUUUGCAAAUACACCAAAACAAACAAUAUACAGCUAAUCAAUGUUUAGCGCAAGUUGGAAAUAAAAUAAAUACAGAUGUUAAUUUAGUCACCCAAAAACUAGGAAUGGACGAUUUUAUACUUAUGUUCAAAGAUUGGAACUGA